AUGUCUUCCGACUCCACGGGCAGCGACCGAGAGCCCCAACCAAACCAGUCCGGCAAGCGGCUACACAUAUGGGGCCGGCCCAUCGAGCCUCCGGCUCCAAGCACCACACCCACCACCCCCACGACAGAGGGGAAAGCGCUGUCGGGCGAUGAUUUCCAGAAGAAUUUCCCCGAGACGCAGGGAAUCUCGAUUUCGGAUGCCUUCAAGACGGUGAAGCCCGAGGAUAUGUUGCAGGUGCACAAGUCCGUGUGCGGUAGGCAAGGGCUUCUAACGGGUAUUGCGGCGGGUGCGAUAAUAGGUGGCCUGCGAUUCGUGUGGAGGGGAACGCCCAUCAAAGCGGCGAACUGGGCCGUCGGCGGUUUCCUCGCCGGCGCGACGGUGGGGUUCGAACGGUGUCAAUACCUGAGGAGACUCGAGCGGAUAUCGAUGAAGCGCAUUGUCGAGGUACACCAGGCCGAUGUGGCGGAGAAGAAGCGAUUAAAAGAGGAGGAGGACAGGCAGAAACAACUACAAGAAGAAGCGGCCAAGAAGAAGUGGUACAAGUUUUGGUAA